CCUGACGCGAUCUGGGGCUGGUAUCAAAACCAUUACAAUGAUAGAAAAGAUGGUGAGCUCUCUGUCUUGGAUACAAAAACUGAAACUAAUCCUGUUGAUUUGAAUAAAUACCCAGGUCAGUAUCAAGAGCCUGAAGGUAAUGAAGGUUGUGUCGUGCCUGAUUUCAUGGAGUGUUUUAGAGAGAUUACAACAAAGACUAAAGUUAGAAUUGCAACUGAAUUAUAUUAUAAUUAUCCUACUGAAAAGCACCUAUACAUCAAGAGAAAGAUUCAUAAACCAUUGAUACGAUAUGUUUUGGUUGUGUCAGUGAUGGGUGGCUCUAAAGGAAGUAAGGCCAAUGUUGUCAAUUCCAAAACGUUGAGUUCUUUAGCAGUACAAUCAAUCAAGGAUUGGUAUACUGAUAAGGAGACGAGUUACGACUAUCAAAUAGAAAGUGUAUCAUUGGAGGCUUCUAAAUUGACUGAAAACACUUCAGAGGAUUUAUUCAAAUUGCUGAUCAAUUGGAGAGAACAAUUCAAAAAGAUAGACCAUGUGUUUUUCGUUGGUUAUAGUACUUCUGUUCCAUUAUCUGCAAAGUUAUUAGAAAUCAUGAUUAGUAGAAAUCUGUUUGAUAAUUCCAAAAAUUAUUGGAACAUUGAAUAA